AUGCCUCCAGACCACCAGGUCUGGAGAGGUUUACCUAGAAGGUCGGCGUUCUUCACCCCGACGAUCCCAGCAAACGUUAUCGCCGCACUAAACCGAUCCAACAAGACGGAACCGCUGGAAGCAAUUAGAGGCAGACACUGGCAACACAUCGACUCUCAAUCUAUCCGUGACACGGCGGUCUGUGUCUACAUCUUGAGGGCCGAACACGGCCCG